GGGGGCUGGUGGAGUAGCCGCCACUUCCUGGAGCCGCCGGCCGGGGCCGCUCGCCGCACUCAGCGCCGGAGCCGGGAGUCCGCGGCCGCCGCCAUGUCCCAUCAGACCGGCAUCCAAGCAAGUGAGGAUGUUAAAGAUAUUUUUGCCAGAGCAAGAAAUGGAAAAUACAGACUUCUGAAGAUAUCGAUUGAAAAUGAGAAACUUGUGAUUGGAGCGUGUAGGCAGCCUUUAGAUUCCUGGGAUAAGGAUUAUGAUUCCUUUGUUUUACCCCUGUUGGAGGACAAACAACCGUGCUACGUAUUAUUCAGGUUAGAUUCUCAGAAUGCCCAGGGAUAUGAAUGGAUAUUCAUUGCAUGGUCUCCAGACCAUUCUCAUGUUCGUCAAAAAAUGUUGUAUGCAGCAACAAGAGCAACUCUGAAAAAGGAGUUUGGAGGUGGCCACAUUAAAGAUGAAAUGUUUGGAACAGUAAAGGAAGAUGUGUCAUUACAUGGAUAUAAAAAAUAUUUGCUGUCACAGUCUUCUCCUGCCCCACUGACUGCAGCUGAAGAAGAAUUACGACAGAUUAAAAUUAAUGAGGUACAGACUGACGUGAGUGUGGACACUAAGCAUCAAACACUACAAGGAGUAGCAUUUCCUAUUUCUCGAGAAGCUUUUCAGGCUUUGGAAAAAUUGAAUAACAGACAGCUCAACUAUGUGCAGUUGGAAAUAGAUAUAAAAAAUGAAAUUAUAAUUUUGGCCAACACAAUACAUACAGAACUAAAAGAUUUGCCAAAGAGGAUUCCCAGAGAUUCAGCACGUUAUCAUUUCUUUCUGUAUAAACAUUCCCAUGAAGGAGACUAUUUGGAGUCUAUAGUUUUUAUUUAUUCAAUGCCUGGAUACACCUGCAGUAUAAGAGAACGGAUGCUGUAUUCUAGCUGCAAGAGCCCUCUGCUAGAGAUUGUAGAAAGACAACUACAAAUGGAUGUCAUUAGAAAGAUCGAGAUAGACAAUGGGGAUGAGUUGACUGCAGACUUCCUUUAUGAAGAAGUACACCCCAAGCAGCAUGCACAUAAACAAAGUUUUGCAAAACCAAAAGGUCCUUCAGGAAAAAGAGGAAUUCGAAGACUAAUUAGGGGUCCAGCUGAAACUGAAGCCACUACUGAUUAAAAUUAUUACAAUACUAGUUUUUUUAAAAGUCCAGCUUUUAGUACAGGAGAACUGAAAUCAUUCCACAUUGAUGUAUAGUAGGGGAAAAAAUUGUACUUUUUGAAAAUCAGCACUUUUCACUUCUGUGUGUUUUUAAAAUUAAUGUUAUAGAAGACUCAUGAUUUUGAUUUUUGAGUUAAAGCUAGAAAAGGGUUCGACAUAAUGAUGUUUAAUUUCAUCACAGUUUUCAUAGAGUGAUGAUUCCACACUUUCACAUAGUUCUUAAAAUUUUAUAGAGUUGGGCCAAUUCCAGAAAAUCUAAAGUAAGAUACAAUUCUUAUUACUCUUCGGUGAUACAUCACUUUUUUUUCUUUAAGGGAGAGAGAAAGACCUUAAAGUAUUCAUUCCACUUAAUGACUAUGUUAAGGACCAGAUUAGAUUAUUUUCUAAGCUGAAAACUUCAUGUGCCUAGGAAAAGGUGCUCUGAAGAGCAGUGCUCACUCAGACUGUGAGAUCAUGUCUACAACUUUUAGAAACCGUGCUUUAUUGCAGCAGUCUUUUCUAUUUGACUUUUUCGUUUUUUAAAUGGCAUUAAAAUUUCAGAAAAUCAACUCACUCUGAAACAUUAAGGGUACCAGAUAUAUACUGCAGGAUUUCUGAUGACGUUGAAAGACACGUUUAAACUGCUUUAGUAAAUGCUCUUUCCAGUGCUUUAAAAAUUUUCCAUUUCAAAAGUAAGUCGUUUCAUUAUAUGCAGUGUGAGACCAAAUAUUUAUGUCCAAUUGAAUAUUAAAUUAAUAUCAUUCAAAAGCAAACAAAACUGAAGUCAACAAUAUUGAAAACGUUUUAAACAUCAAUUGAUUUCUCUCUAAAACCAUAUAUUUAUAGACAAAUACUCAGAUUUAACAAAAUUAUUUUAAAGUCCUAGUACUCAUCAGCCUAACAGAUAAACGAAUCUUGUUUCAAUUUAUAUCUUAUUUCAAAACACAGUUAACUGUUUUCUAAAGCUUUGCAUUUUCAAUUACAACCUACAGAGAUUUUGAGCCUUGUUUUCUUUGAUACUUGAAAUAGAGGGAGCUAGAAAACUUCAUCAUGUUUAAUCUGAUAAACCUGCUGCAAGAGCCAUAAUUUAGAGGACUUUUCUAAACGAACUGUGGGGAUCCGGGAUUUAGAAUUUCUUGAUCUAAACUUUAUGCUGCAUAAAACAAAUACCAGAAAUGUACAUUUCAUAGUAUAAAAUAUGAAACACUCAUUUUUACACUUUAUUAUCUAAGGUAAUAUAUGCACCUUUCAGAAAUUCAAUGUGUGUUCAACUAAAAGCAUGUUAGAAUAAUUAUGAGUUGACAGAUUUUUUUUUUCUAGAAUUAAGAGUAUUUGUGUGGGGUUUUGUUUGUUUACAAAUAAUCAGACUAUAAUGCAAAAUAAUUGACGGCAAUGUUGCACUUGUUUAUGAAAGAUAUACUUUAAGUUUUUCCGUGGGUGCACACAUAGACACGCAUACACACAAACUACUGCAUUGAGAAUCCUGGAGCUGUGUUGUCGACCAUAGGCCAAGCUGCUGAAGCUGUUAUUUUCGGUCAGGAAGAAAGUUAACCUGUCAUGAAGGUAUAAAAUAAUUUAGUAGUGAAUGUUUUUCUCUACCAUCCAUGUGCAAUUAUGCUCUUAAACUCUAUUACACUACAUGAAAGUAAGUGGACAUUCCAGAAUAUAGAUGUGAUUAUAUAAUCUUAAACUAAUUAUUAUUAAACCAAUGAUUGUUGAAAAGCAAUGAUGCAUUUGUUAUAGAGUAUAACUCAUCGUUUAUGUUUUAGGUGAUGUCAUCAUAACAAUAGAAGGUGAAUAAAGUAUUCCCAGUGAAUUUAUAUAGCAGUGAAGAAUUACAUGCCUUCUGUGGACAUUUUAUAACCCCAGAGACUUGGGAACGGAAAGAACAGGAACUUCAAAGACCUACUUCCCAUGUAGAGGCACGCACCCACCAUGGCUUACACCAGCAAAGGAAGAGAAAGAGGUCUCCGGUUGGCUGACCUCUCUCACAUCUGUGGUCUGCUGACAGGUUGGCUGGUCUGGGAUGACCUCAUCUGAGAUGACUUGUCUCUGCUGAGCAUGGUUUCAGCAGCAGCAUGUUAGCCCUGGCUUGUUCUCAUGGCAGUGGCAGCAUUCCAUGAGAGAGAAAGAGAAAAGUGGUUCACAGGGGCUCUGGAGGCCCAGGCUUGGAACUGAAACGUCACUUUUCCUGCAGUCUACUGACCACAGCAAGUUACAAAGCCAUUCUGGAUAUAAGGACUAGGGAAAUGAAAUUUACCUCUUGAUGGGAAGAAUUACAAAACCAUAUUGCAAAGGGCAUGGAUCUAGGGAAGAGUGGAGAAUUGCAAUCUAACACAAUGAACAUAAGGGAGAAGUUACUUAAAUUUGGGGGCAUCAAUUUCCUCAAUAAGAAAAAAAUGGGACCUACAUUAUAGAGCUCUAAAAUGUGAUCAUGCCCUUAACAUAAUGCUUGGCAUUAACAGUUAGCUCAGCAAAUGACAGAGAAGAUGAUUAUGAUCAAUAGGAUGACAGAGAGCAUAGUAAAGGUUACAGACUGAUGUCAGAUGCCUGAGUUAAAAUUCCAGCUCUGCAAUUUAAUAGCUGCAUAAUCUUGGGCAAGUUACUUCACUUCAAUUUCCUCAUUUAUAAAAUGUGGAUAAUAAUAUUAUCAGAUUCAUAGGAUUGUUAUGAGAGAUAAGUUAAUAUAGGGGAAGCAUUUUGAAUAGUCCUUAUAAUUAUUUAAUAAAAACAGUGCAACAUAUAAUUUUUUUUAAUUAUAAGUUUAUAAAUUAAUGUACAUAACAUUAUUAUUAUUAAUUAUUCUUGGGAUACUGUGGGAACACAGAGGAGAGGCACCUAUUUCUGCACGGGGAAUCAGAAAAGACUGUGGAGUGGAUACCAGCAUUGAAUUUUAAAAAACUGUUAUGAGUUUGCCAGGUGGACAGCAGAGGGAAGAGCAUUCGAAGCAGAAUAGAAAGAUGGACAACCAUAUGCCCAAAUACACAGAUGUCAUGUUCAAGAAAUUCCAGGAAGUGCAGUUGUUUGGUAGAAAAGUAUAAUAUAUUUCAGACUGGUUGGCUAAAGAUGAGAACUACAAGAAUCUAUCCAUAUGCAUAUGGAUGAUAUUUGAAACUCCAUAAGUAGAUAAGAUACAAAGGUCUAGAAAGAAGAGUAUCCAGGAUAGAAUCAAUAUUAUUCUACUUAAACUAGGAAAAUAUCGGGUAAUUCAGAUCAAACAUUUCCCUGAGGAAAACUAGGGGAAAAAUUCUGCUCAAAGGCAUCAGUGUGCUACUAAGGUAGUGAUGAAAUAUAGAACCAAGAUAUGGGAGAAAACAUAAAUCCAAAGAGAUGAACCUAGUAUGUAGGGCUACUACUUCCUUGGGGCCAUUUGCCAGUUCUGGGAGAAGCUAUGAACAGAUGUGUACCUGUAUUUUUUUAGUACCUGUGUUCAGUUCUUUUGGAUACACACCCAGGAGUGGAAUUGCUGUGUCAUUGGUAAUUCUCUGUUUAACUUUGUGAAGAGCUACCAAUCUGUUUUCCACAAUGGCUGCACCAUUUACAUUCCCAUCAGCAAUGUACCAAGUUCCCAAUUUCCCCACAUCCUCACCAAUAUUUGUAAUAGCUAUAGGGGUAGCUCAUUAUGGUUUUGAUUAGCAUUUCCCUAAUGACUAAUGCUGCUGAGCAUCUUUUCAUGUGCUUAUUGGCCAUUUGUAUGUCUUCCUUGGAGAAAUUUCUAUUCAGAUCCUUUGCCUAUUUUGAAAUUAUUUUUAUUUUUAUUAUUGACUUAUAAGAGUAUUUUGUAUAUUCUGGAUAGUAGAUUCUAAUCACAUAUUAUUUUCACAUAUGCCAUUCUACUGAUUGUCUUUUCACUUUCUUGGGUGAUGUCCUUUGAUACACAAAAGUUUAGAAUUUUGGUGAAGUCCAAUUUAUCCUUUUUUUCUCUUUCUGUUUUUUUCUGUACUCUUGGUGUCAGAUUUAAGAAACAGUUGCCUAAUCCAGGGUCACAAAUAUUUACACCUGUUUUCUUUUAAGAGUUUUGUAAUUUUAGCUCUUACCUUUAGGUAUUCCACCCAUUUUGAGUUAAUUUUUGUAUAUGAUGUGAGGUAAGGGUCCUACUCAUUCUUUUCCAGGUAGAUAUCCAAUUGUCCCAGCACCAUCUAUUGAAAAAACCAUUCUUUCCUCCAUGGAAUGGUCUUGGCAAACGAUUGACCAUAUAUGUAAGAGUUUAGUUCUGGACUUUCAAUUCUAUGUCAUUGAUCUAUAUGUCUGUCCUUAUGCCAGCAUCACACUGUUUUGAUUACUGUAUUUUCAUAACUGGGAAAUGUGAGUCCUCAACUUUGUACUUCUUUUUUAAAUAAUAUUUUGGCUAUUCUUGGCUAUUCUAUAUGAUACUAACUGGGGGGGAGGGGGGUGUUUGUUUUAUUUUGUUUUAGAUGGCUUUUAUCAGAUUGAGGAAGUUACCUUCUAUUCUUAAUCGGUGAGUGUUGGAUUUUGUCAAAUGCUUUCUCUAUUGAUACAAUCAUGUGGGUUUUGUCUUUUAUUCUAUUUAAAUGGUGUUUUAUAGUCACUGACUUUUGUAUGCUGAACCAACUUUGCAUUUCUGGGAUAAAUUCUACUUAGUUUUGGUAUGUAAUCCUAUUUAUAAGUUGCUGGAUUCAGCUUGCUAGAAUUUUGGGGGGAAAUUUUUGUGUCUAUUUUGGGCACUGCUUUUGCUGCAUGAGUUUUGUUGUGUGUUUUUCAUUCCUCUCAAAGUAUUUUAUAAUUUGCCUCAUGAUUUCUUCUUUACUCAUUGGCUAUUUAAGAGUGUCUUGUUUAAUUUACACAUAUUGGUGAAUUCCCCAAAUUUCCUUCUGUUAUUAAUUUCUAAUUUCAUUCUCCUGUGGUUGGAAUACAUGCUUUGUACGAUUUAAAUAUUUUGAAAUUCAUUGAGAUUUGUCCUAUUUUCUGGAACCUGUAAAUGUUGGCUUAUUUGAAAAAUGGAUCUUUGCAAAUAUGACUAAAUUAAAGAUUUUGAGAUGAGAA